UGUUUACACUGCGCGCGCAUGUUCCGUCCAUUAUUCGGUUGGCAUUAAAUCGCAAGAAAAUGUCAAAUGUUUUAAGCUCCCUUCUUGAAUAAUUAAAAUACUGCGCAACAGUGAAAAGCAUAAGCUUUAUAAUUUUGGGACUAGAGCCAAUGUUUUAUUUGCUACAGCUUUGAUGAACCCUGUGGAAAGGCCGAUUUAUUCAUAGUCACGAAUCGUGACAUUUAUUUAACGUCCUCUGCUGUUUACACCACGCUUUGUUUCAUUUACUUCUCAAUCAGCUACCAAAAUAGCCCGGGAUGUAAGAAAUCCGAGUAAAGUCUUCGGAUAAUUGAUCAAAAGUGUGUAAACUCGUGAGUCACGCAUACAGUAGGUCAAUUUCUCUUUAUUGUUUAAAGCGCUGCUGCUGCCGCUUGUGACGGAGGCGCGAGGACGCGUGAUUGGAAGCGGGAGCGGACGUAACGGAGAAACAGCCGACGCAAGAGCAGAGAGGGAGGAGAAAGAACGAGGAUAUACGUAACCGGGAUCUCAGCUGUAUUAGCGGAAGACAGGAUUCAGGCUUCCAGUGACAACCGAAACAGCAAUAUGGGGAGCUAGUCCAGGGAAGAACAUGGAUUAAACAUACGCGCUUUCUCAACUGACUGCACUCGCGCCUCCAUUCAUUCAAAUUAUCGAGUAGUUGCAUUGAUUUUAUGACACAUAUAGUACCUUAUCGUACGUAAUACAGCACCAGAAUUGCUAAGUAAGGUAGCCCACUUCAAGAAAUAGGCAGAGUAUCUGCUCUUUAAAUCCGCGUGGACACAGUGCUGUAAUAUUUGAUAGUCCUAUAUACAAAUAUCGGAUUGACUGUUUUGCUCAAGGGUUUCUUUGGUUGUUUUCGAGGCACCAGCAAUGUCCUCUGAAAUACUGGGUUCCUGAUACCCAGUUUGAACUGACCUGCAGCCUUCUGACGCCAAAAUAAAGUGAGAAGAUUUUCAGCAUACGCAAGACUAAAGACCUUUGGCUUUUGAGCAAAAGAGUCGAUUGGAGGAGGUGGGACGUGUCUUGAACGAGUACGUUAGGUAUCAUGUCUUCCAGAGAGCGACGCUCCGACCUGUACAUAAAGGCUGAACCCAGCAGUCCUGAGGGAGGAGGUGGUGGCAAUGGGAGGACCAGCCCGGGAGGAGCGUCCUCGGACUCCUCUCAGAGUGCAGGGGGGGGUUCCAGAGGGGAAGGCGCUGGCCGCUACUCUCCGCCCCUUUACACGCCCGCUCUACGUUGCCAUUUUAAGGAGGAGGGUGCGGAUGGAGCCGAGGAGGGCUCUACCGGCAGCGGGGGAGGCCGCUGCAAGUAUGCGCUGAGCACGCUUCCCAAAAGGCUGUGCCUGGUGUGUGGAGAUGUGGCGUCUGGCUACCACUACGGAGUGGCUUCAUGUGAAGCCUGUAAGGCUUUCUUCAAAAGAACCAUACAGGGCAAUAUUGAGUACAGUUGCCCCGCCUCUAAUGAAUGUGAGAUCACCAAGCGCCGCAGGAAGGCCUGUCAGGCGUGUCGCUUCACCAAGUGCCUCAAAGUAGGCAUGCUCAAAGAAGGAGUCCGCCUGGACCGAGUCAGAGGUGGACGGCAAAAGUACAAGAGACGCCCAGAGGUGGAGAAUGCCACGUACCAGAGUGCACCAAUACCUUUAAGGAAAGAGGGAGAGAAGGGCUCAUCCAGCAUCAUUGUGUCUCAUCUGCUGGUGGCGGAGCCAGAAAAGCUGUUUGCUAUGCCAGACCCCCUGCAGCCUGAUACGGCCCAGCGCACGCUCACCACUCUAUGUGAUCUGGCCGACCGGGAACUAGUUGUCAUCAUCGGCUGGGCCAAGCACAUUCCUGGCUUCCUCUCUCUGUCACUGGCUGACCAGAUGUCCGUGCUGCAGUCGGUGUGGCUGGAGGUGUUGGUGUUGGGGGUGGCAUACCGUUCUCUCGGCUGUGAGGACGAGGUGGUGUUUGCUGAAGACUUCGUGCUGGAUGAGGAGAUGUCUCGUGUGGCCGGUCUGACCGAACUCAAUGCCGCCAUCAGCCAGCUCGCACGCCGUUUCAGGGCCCUGCAGCUGGACCGCGAGGAGUUCGUCAUGCUCAAGGCCAUCGCGCUCACCAACUCAGAUUCGGUGUACAUUGAGGACAUGGAGGCUGUGCAGAAGUUACGGGACCUGCUGCAUCAGGCUCUGCUGGAGCUAGAAAUCCAGCGACGCCCCGAAGACCCCCAGCGUGCCGGACGACUCCUCCUCACCCUGCCCCUCCUCAGGCAGACCGCCGGCCGGGCUCUCACCACCUUCUACAGCAUCAAGACCCGUGGCGGAGUGCCUAUGCACAAACUCUUUCUGGAGAUGCUGGAGGCCAUGAUGGACUCACCCUAGAGAAUAGAUGACAGAUGGAUGAAGGAUGAAGAAAAGGGCAAAAAAACUUGCCCAAAGUCUUUUUGUGUGUGCAAGGGCUACAAAAGCCAAAAGAAAACACUUUUUUGGGUUGAAUAUGAAGAAGACGCUUUGUAGCUGUCCGCCAGUACUGGUCUUUCACAUCCAAUCCUCCUCCUUCAUUUGAUUUCACUGGGUACCAUGUCAACAUAGGCUUGGGUCAGUUCACACACACUUCAUAUUUCUAAAUGUCAGUGUUAGGUGAACCACAGACAAACGUGUAAUUCAUUCUGUCACUUCACGGCCAUCCUGAUAAGUGUUUCUAGGAGCUAACCAUUACUGUAAACUCAGAGAAAUUUACGUGCCAAGGGCGCCUACUGAGACUGCAGCAAUAUGAACUCUUACUUGAAUCAUACGAUUCAGUGAUAUCUCCUCCUUUACUGAUAGUAGGCAACCGAAACAGUCACUAUCGCUACAAUUAUAAUCGAGUAAGCUUUCUUUUUCUCCUUAAACUGGUGCAUAAAAGGCACUUGUGUAAAGUUAAUGUCUUUUACAAUGCACUCGCCAUACUACAAGUGCUAUCUAUCUUCGUCCCGCUAGCUUUUUGUGGAAUAUGCAAAACAUAAGUGAAGACUUACUGGAGGAGAGACAAACCUUAGUUUACUGGUGUACACUGGUACUGCAAAUAUACUGCAACAUCAUAUUACGGUAAGCAAUAUGAAAGAUUUCAUAACCCAUUUGAUGUCAGACAUUUUUUAAAAAAAACGAGACGCUGCCCUGCCACGUCCUGCUUUGAAAUUAAAUUUACUAUUGGAGUAGUUGCAUAACAAAGACUUUUUUUUUUUUUUUUUUAUUAUUAUUAUUGUAGAAAAUUUCCAAGAAAACCAGGCCGUCCUAUGUAUAAAAGCUAUUUGUUUUAAAAGAUUAACAUUAUCGUUUUGGGAUAUGGAUUGUGUGAACAUGAGACUGUGGGUACUAUAAAUGCUGAACUGAACCAACAGUGCGUCUAAAUCAGGGUAAACGGGGAGUUUUUUCCUCCUGUAGGCCACUACUGUAGUUUUUUUUUUUUUUUUUUUUUUUGCUGUGAUCAUUUGUUUGGACGCCAUGGGACCUUCCGGUGACGUCCUCGAUUCUUCAGAUGACACUGGCCUGCUUGUGACCGAUUGAGCCAUUUGGAGUCAGUCGUUUGGAGACAUUUUUCAUUCAUUCAGAGGAAAGCUCAUAUUCCUUAUUGUUAUCCUCCAUUUAUACGUGGACGCAGCCGGACAGUCUCCGUCUGAGGUUGUUCCGUGAAACUGAAAGCCUCUGUGGUGCAGAGCAACAUUAAAUGCAAAUUGGAAAGCCUCACGAAAUGGGCUCAACCAGAGCCGUCGCUUCGUGACUCUUCGUUGGGAUCUUUUAAGAUGUGUUUGCGUAGUCUCCUCAUAGUUGUUUGUUUGCAGACGCUCGUCUGGUAUUAUAUGCAAUCAUACUCCGUUCAGAGCUACCUUUUAUUUAUUCUACACAUGAAAACAGGAGGAAGAAAAGCCAGUUGCCAUUUUGGCCGAUGUAAGUACUAAAAUUGAAAACCACUGAUGUACAGAGUCAGACCUCGAAGGUGACGCCACAUUUUUAGGGUGAUUUUCACUGUAUGUUGUUUGCAGCAAUGAUUGUAUGAGCGCUCUGAAAGUGGUUCACUGCAAAUACACAUCAUAUACGCAGAUGGAAAGAAUCUUCCAUGGUUGAUAUUUAUAAUAUUUUCAGCUCAAGACUAGUUUCAAUCUGGGUUUUAGUCCUAAAUACUGAGGAGACGUAUUGUGAUUCAGGCCUUUUGGAUGAUCAUUCUGUGCUCAUGGCAUGAUUUUAGUUUUUGGUUUUCCAUAUACACUAUGAAGCUUGGCCUCAGGUUUGGUAUUGAAAUAAAUCAAUUCAUUUGGGAGAAUGUUAUAAAAUGUCUUUGUAUUGAAUUGUUUUUUUAGAUUACUCUUUUUGUGGUUGAAGUACUAACUUUAAGACAUAUGAAAGCCAGUGGACAUUAUAUUCCUGUGUCUUUUUUUUUUUCUUUGACAAUAUUGCAGAUUUCAGGCACUAAUAUGUGUUGAUCACUGCAAAACUUCCUCUUUCUCUCAGAUUUUUCUUCUAAAUACCGCCAGUUUGGCCUGUUAAGGGAAUUUUGGGAUAUUUCGAUAAACUUGGUUUAAUUUUUUUUUUAUUCAAUCUGUAUCCGUUUAUCGAAGCUAAAAUAGGAGUUUUUUUUCUUUUCUUUUAUACACAGGAGUUAAUGUCUCUCCUAAGUGGUUAUUGGGAUGUCAUGAUUUGUGUACAUAACCAUGAAUGAGUGGGUCCAUUCAAAGACAGCUGUAAAAUAUGUCAAUGUUUGUGUCAAUAAUAACUCUAAUAUAAUGAUGAUAUUACAGUAGUGUUUUCAUAAUGGUAAGCAUUAUAUAAAGCCAUUUUGUCUGUCAGACUUAGAACAUAACAUAUGAUUGAGAGAUAAAUUAAAUUCAUGGCUAGGUGUUUUUGUGUGUCUGUGUAUAUUUAUGUAAAUGAGCAAUACCAGAAUUUACCAAAAUGUUUGUUUUCACAUUUUACUGUAUAUUCAUAUACUGUAAAUCAAACCUCAACAGUAACACUAGUGAUAACGGUCGAUAGUAAUAAGUACAGUAAAGAGCAAAUCAAUAUUUGUAUUCCAAAAUAUUGUAUUUAAAAGAUUAAAAUCUAUUUUUUACUCAAUUUGCGGAUGUUUAUUAAUAUUAUUGUUCUGGUAUUUGUGUGGGUUGAAGUCAAAUGAUUGUAAAUGUCUGUGCUUUUUUGUUUCCUUUUUGUAAACCUCAGUGGUUCAGCAGUAGUAACUUUGUUCAUAUUGAAUCACUGUGAAGAGAAAGCAAACACUAAAACAACAGGAAAAUAGAGGUAUUUUAAAAUAUUGUCAGUGUCAAUGUGUUUUGUAAUAAAUUAACACGCGUCAUCACUUGUCA